UGAAUGCAGUCCGGAGUUCAGAAAAGAACUACUACUACUACUACUACUACUUUAUUAAUGUUUCGUUAGUGGUCAGGUAGAGGAUUUGGGUUAGAAUUGGAGACAUUUUAUUGAUAUUUAUAAAGAAAUUAUUUGAAAAUGACUACGGGUGAAUAUCUGGAAAUUCUAGCUGGUCACAUUUUCGACCAUGAUAUGCUGGUAACCUAUAAAUGGCUGAGCAAGAAGCUGCAAGUACAUGUAAAUGUAGCAAAGCAAAUUUUGUGGGAGUUUUACGAAAAGCAUCGUGAAAACAGCAACAUUGAGUGCACACAUUUAUUAAUAGGUGCCUUAGAUGACAGUAGCAUGCGUAUAGAAGUUGUGAAAGAAUCAAAUCUGUCCAAGGCUAAAGAGAAAUUCAGUAAAAUAAUUUCAGAACAUAUAUAUAGUGUUCAUAAGCCUUUAGAGGAUCUAGAGCUGCUUGCCAGCUCUGACAUAUCUGGCGAUGUAAGUUAUAGUGCUAUAAAAUGUGAUGCUUGUGUGGAGCGUAAUGACGAAGAGAUGUAUUUUAUGCGCUGGGGAACUACAUCCAAAAAGAUUAUCGAAGAAAAGGUAGUGAAUUCAAAGCCUAUGGAAUCUACAAAUUAUUCGAAAACAGAUAAGAGACCAGCAGCUGCAUCCAAGAAGAAUGGAUUUAGUAACUUCUUCAAUACAGCUGGCAAGCAGAAAAGCCCUGAAACAUUGAAAGCAUACAAGACAAAGAAGGAUAAAGAAUUUGGGGAGGAAAAUAAUAGUCUUUCAAAAGACACGAAUUUAACAGAGAGAGACAAAAGCUCAGAGAAAAAUAAAAGUCCAUUGGAAAAGAGUAAAAGCGCCACAGAGAACUCUAAAUCCAAGAAAACCUCUCCAAAAAUGGAAGAAACGAAAAAGAAGAAAGGAAGCUUGGAUAGCUUAUUCGGGAAAAUGUCAUCCCUUCCAAAAUCUGCAGAGGCCAAACCUGUGCCAGAGAAAAAGGAGGAUCCAGUUAAGGAGAUCUUUGAAAACAAGAAAGUUGAAGAAAAAAGAAAACCUCGUGGAAAGAAGCGAAUUAAGAGUCAAGAGAAUGAUAACAAUACCAAGAAAAGAAAAAGAAUCGUGGUUCAGAAUGAUUCCAGUGACUCAGAAGCACAAAGCGACAUGGAUGUAGAUGAACCAAUGGCCGAGGCUAUAGUUGAGACUGAGGCAGCACCCACCAGACCCAAGAGCCCAUCUCCACCAGCAGUGAAGCAUGAGAAUGGCAAACGAAAAAUGUUGAAGAUGAUGAACGAGACUUAUAAGGACGAUCGUGGCUUCAUAGUGACUAAAAAGGUACAUGUUUACGUGAGCUGUUCAGAAGAUGAAGAAGAAGAACAAAAGAAGAAAGAAGAACGAGAGAACAAGGAAGAACAAGAGAAGAAACAGAAAGAGAAAGGAUCAUCCCGAAUAAAAAAGGCGCAGACGAAGGUCGACAAUGCGAAGAAGAAACAGACUACACUGAUGAAGUUUUUCAAGGCAUCCUAGCGUCGCAAAGAAUGUUGUUUGGAAAUGCCUGAUUUUGUUUGUAUAUAAAUGCUGUUUCGUACGCGAAAAAACCGCGAUAGACGGUUCCUUGAUAUUAAUUUGACGUUAAUUAUUAAUAAUUUAGUGUUAAGUUUUGUGUCUUAUAAUUCAUUGAUAUUAAUAAGUGACACAUGAAUACCAAUGAAUAUCGACAAGUUUAGCACAGUAUCAAUUAUGUAAGAAUCAUUAUUUUAAAAGUGCCUUUCAACUACAUUUGGAACAGAAUAAAUAUCAAAAUAUGAAUUCAAAUAAUAACAUAUAAGACAAGGCUGAUAAAAGUCGAACAAAACGUUGAAAUAUGUCUUAAUUAUCAUAUGUAUAUUACUCUCACCAGUCAACUUCCCUUUGCAUUAAAUAUUAUCAUACAAACAGA